AUGUCCACCAACGGAUAUGAGAACUGCGUCGCUGGGACCUUCUACGGUUUUACUAACAAUCAGAACAACACUUUUCACCCUGGCGAUACGUUUGAUUUACAAUGGGGCGCAAUCGACGGCGGAACGAAGUCUCUGAAUAUCUCUCUGGCACGGCAAGGGGGCGCGUUGCUUUCUCAGAUUGCGGUCGGCGCUGUCUUCAACACGUCUAGCAACCUCUACCGCCUCGUUACGAACAAAACCGCCAACUGCACCCUUGAGCAAUACACUUGGACCAUCCCCACGAAUUUCAACACAACCAACCCCCAGUACCAGUUCGGCUUGUUCGAUGCGUCAGCCAAGCUCGGCACAGGCGGAAACGGCCUGUACGGCUGGCUAGCCUGGAGCCCGUUCUUCUACGUCAGAGACAAAUCCAAUGUGCUUAUGACUAGUACAUCAACAAAUGCUUUGUUGACAGGGACCGGCACGGCGGCGACACUGACUGCCUCUGCGAGUACAUCUGCCACGUCCACGCCAACCGAUGGGAGGACCGACUCGUCGAAUUCGAAGACUCUGGGGAUCGGGGUCGGGGUCGGUGUUGGGGGUGCGGCUGUGAUUCUGCUGGUUUUGCUGGCGGUGUUUUUUACACGCCGUCGACGGAGGAAAUACAUUCCGGCACAAGGAGAGCCAAAUCCAACAGAAACUUCAGGAAUGCCAGUGGAGUUGCCUGGUCAAGAGUUGUCACAGGGAAGGAAAGAUACAGGGUCGAAUAGAUUAUAUGAGAUGCCAGGAUGA